GAACAGUAUCUGAUAAUUUUAGAUUAGGGGAAAAAAUGGGGAGAAAGAAGGUGGAAAUAAAGAGAAUCCAAGAGAAAAGCUGUAGGCAAGUUGCUUUUUGUAAAAGAAGGAAAGGUCUAUUGAAGAAAGCUAAAGAACUCUCUAUACUGUGCGAUGUUGAUGUUGUUGUUGUUAUCUUCUCCAAUAAUGGCAAACUCUACGAAUUCUCCAACACUAACAGUCUGACAGGGAUCCUUCAACAAUACGAAAGCCAAGUCGAAGCAGAUAAAGAGAUCUCUGCAGAAAUCCAAGUUACAGAGCACUCUAAAUACUCAAGGUUCGUGACAACGGGAGAACUGUUACAAACAACAGAAAGGCAACUUGAGGAAACUAAUGCUGAUGGUCUCACUGUGACAGACCUUGUCCAUUUGGAAAACGAACUUCGAACUGCUCUAAUACAAACCAAAUCUAGACAGACACAUUUGAUGCUUGAAUCUGUUAAGGGUCUUCAUGAGGAGGAAAAAUUGCUGCGAGAGGAAAACAAACUUCUGGAGGACAACAUAGCUAGGAUCCAGAAAAAGGGGGAAUUGAAUGACACAUCUAUGGAUUCCACUGACCUUCCACCAACCCACAUAAUUUGCGGACAACAGAGAGCGACCCUGAAUUUUCUCUAGUGAUUUGCCAAAUAGCCUUGCAGAGGCCCCAGGGGAAUAACCUGCGAAGGUUAUGGGGUUCCUAUAUUUAGUGUCAUGUUGCACAUGAAAUUAGCUAAGGCAAGUUAUCUUCAGAAAUAACUAACAAUAUUGAGCAGUUUCAGUAAAACCAAUUGUUCACCUGUAUGUAAUUGAAAAGGUCAAGAUGAGCUUCGGCCCUGCGUUUAUGUUUUAUCUAUUCAGUGUUUUUGUUGCAUGCCCCGACCUUAUUUUGUUUCCCAUGCUGAUUAAAUUAUUUAUGUGCUAGACUGAUACAAGAGGUUGAGUUAUACGGGCUUAUACCUUUUCUUGUUCUGAAGUUGUAUAAUGUUCAAAUAUAGGUGGCAUCUUUCUUGCUGAGGUCUUAAAUAAGUCCAAGAGGAACUCCAUUAUUUCGAAAACUUUUGACUUUUUCUUUUUAAGGACCAUAUAUUCUCAUUGUGGUUAUUUUGGGCACUUGUUAAAAUAACUUGCAGCAACUUAGAAGUUUUUUUUUUUUUUUUUUUUUUUUUUUUUAAAUUCAUUCUUGAGAAACACUGCUGUUUCACAUAGUUUGAAAUUCUUAUGCCACGAAUUACCAUUCAUUCUUGGGAAUUUGCUCUAUCAUAUCUUUCUUCACGGUAUUCAUGUCAGUGGUAACAAGGGAUGAAGAUUGUCCUAUUAGAGCACUAGCAUGGUUAAAAUUUUAUGAGAAUGGUCAUGAUAAGUAGAUAACUAAUGGGUCGCGAAUGAUUUCCUUCAAGGUAUUAUUUGUUGCACUGGACGGGUAUUUUUUGAAGACUCUUUCAAUUUUCGCCUUAGAUGAAUUUUCCAUUUACAGACAAAUUUACUUUACUGGGCUGACUGGGAACAUAACUGAAUUGGUUGCCUUGUAAAAGGUCAUUUGUACAAAUGACCCUCUUUAGGAGGAGGGGAUGGGAUUACCUCCGGUAAGUUUUUGGUCCAGUAAUGUGGUAUACCAUAGUUGAUACUUGCCAUGUGUAUACUAAAAUAUGAGGGGCUUAGAUUCAUUUUGUUUUUAAUACUUAUACUGAGUUUCAACUGAUUUUUACAAUCUGAAAAAAAAAAUAAGAGAUCAUAGGAAGAAGAAUGGUUUUGAAACGGAAGAUUUGGGCCUUUCUAAAGGAAAAAUUUCUAUUGAAGAGUAACAUGCAAAAUGAAUUCAAAUCCUUCAUAUUUUUGGUGACACUUGGCGCUAGUAUUAAGUAGUGCUAUUAAACUUUACUGGACCAAAAGUUACCUAAGAGAGGCUUUGGUUAAGCAGAACGCUACUAGUCACUCCCCCUAUCAACCAACAAUCACCCUUGUUUAGGGAGCCUCCCUUACCAGAACAAACACAAAU